CAUUCGCUCUCGGUCGCCGCGGCCCCCUCGUGCACGCUCCACUGCCCGCCGAGUCCCGAACCGCCUCUCGCCGGCGCCGGCGCCAUGGCCACCUCCGCGCCCGCCGACGCCUCGUCUCCGCCCGCGCCGCAGCGGCAGACGGAGCCCGCGCGGAAGGCGGUCCGCGUGGUGGUGAAGGGCCGCGUCACGGGGGUCGGGUUCCGCGACUGGACCGCCUCCACGGCCGAGUCCCUCGGUCUCGCCGGCUGGGUCCGCAACCGCCGCGACGGCAGCGUGGAGGCGCUCCUCUCCGGCGACCCCGCCAAGAUCGAGGACAUGAUAACCCGUCGCCUCCCCGUCGGGCCCCCCGCCGCCACCGUCACCGCCGUCGUCCCCUCCCCCGCCGAGCCCGUCGAUCCGUCCGCCGGGUUCGAGAUCAAGUUCACCGUGUGAUCCGCCGCCCGCCCGUCCUGCGGCCGGAUCGCUGUGUACUCAGUACUCCUACUAAGGAUCGGAGGCGGCACCCAGUACUCCGUUUAUCUGCUCUGCAACUGCGAAGUCUCAGCUUGGGGAGUCCAUGUCAAAUUGUGUGUACAAAACUUCAAGCUUGUUUCCAAUUUCUAGGUGGCUUCCAGUACUUGAAUAAUGAAGUACUAUUGAGUUCUAAUAAACUGUCAGCUGUGGCAUGAUUGAAGAUAA